AUGCCGUGGAAAGACCGCUUUAACCAAAUCAAGAAUGAGUUCAAUGGCAUAAUGGGCGGAGGCCAGCAACAGCAGCAGCAGCCACAGCAGUACUAUCAGCAGCAGCAGCCACAGCAGUACUAUCAGCAACAGCCGCCGCCAGUUCCGGGCAACUACCCGGGAAACAAUCAGCAGCAGCCGCCGCCGGUGCCCCCUCAUCCGGAUCAGCAAGGCGGCGGACAACCGCCGCCGGUUCCGCAGCAUCCGCCGCAGGGCUCUCGCGUGUACUGGCAGCCGCAGUUCCUCCCGCACGUCCCCAUCUCGCACGAGUGGGAUGCAAAGACGGGACACGGUACCGACGGCUGGGGCAACCACGAGCUGCAAAACUACACGGACCAGUCCCAGAAUGCUUUUCACACGCAAGACGGCAGACUGGUGCUCCGCGCCGUAGCCAACAACUCUGCUGGCGACGGCGACCAAAAGUACACCUCGGCGCGCCUCGUCAGCAAGCAGACGCUCACGCACGACCGCGGCGUCCUCACGGCCAUCAUCCUCUCCCCCGGCGCCGAGGGCAUCUGGCCGGCCUUUUGGCUGCUGCCGCGGGAGCCCUUUGCGUGGCCGACGGACGGCGAGAUUGACAUUGCCGAGACGUGGAACGGCGACGGCGAGAACCACAGCUGCCUGCACUGGGGCCAGCACGACCAGGGCGACAAGCACCGCGUGCUGGGCACGCGCGUUCCGGACAUGCACCGCCGGCCGGUGCAGUACGAUUUCGCGUGGGAUCAGACUGGUGGCGGACAGGGGCGCAUGGUUUGGUACAUUGAUGGCCGGCCUGUGAUGAAGUGCAGCGUGCCCGAGGGGACGAGGCCGCUGCGGGACAUGACGGUGCUGCUAAACGUCGCCAUGGGGGGUGAUGUGUGCCAGGGCAAGGUGCCGAGGGACGGGGCGUACGACAUGGUGGUGUUUGCGAUGUCGAUGGCGCAUGAGAUGGAGAAUGGCGGCUGGGGGCGGUUCGACUAUGAUUGGGGACAUCCUGCCAUCUCGGGGGGAAAUCCGUAUUAG